AGUUCCUUGUUGACUUAGCGUUUCGUGAGUGAUAGGUUGCAAAGUCCAAGGUUUUCAAAUCACCGCAUCCUUGAUAGGCACCGAGUCACAGGUGAGCCGUUAUCGGCUGCCGUUAAGGACCGUUACCAUUCCUGGGUUUUUCCAGCCUGGUGGAGCAGCUGAUUGGCAAGUGUGCCGACUGUCCAGUGCUUUCUGGCUCCUUCUCUGCUUGUCUUCUCUCUCCUGGGAAGAUGUUCCUGGUGGGCCUAACAGGAGGCAUUGCCUCGGGCAAGAGCUCCGUCAUCCAGGUGUUCCAGCAGCUGGGCUGUGCUGUGAUUGAUGUAGACGUCAUUGCCCGGCACGUUGUCCAGCCAGGGUACCCUGCUCAUCGGCGUAUCGUAGAGGCCUUUGGCACUGAAGUCUUGCUGGAGAAUGGCGACAUCGACCGCAAGGUCCUUGGGGACCUGAUCUUUAACCAGCCUGACCGUCGUCAGCUCCUCAACUCCAUCACCCACCCUGAGAUCCGCAAGGAAAUGAUGAAGGAGACCUUCAAGUACUUUCUCCGAGGGUACCGCUACGUGAUUCUGGACAUCCCUCUCCUGUUCGAGACCAAGAAGCUGCUUAAGUACAUGAAGCACACAGUGGUGGUGUACUGUGACCGAGACACACAGCUGGCACGGCUGAUGAAGCGGAACAGCCUGAGCCGCGAGGACGCAGAGGCAAGAAUCAAUGCCCAGCUGCCCCUGAAGGACAAGGCCCGCAUGGCCAACCACGUUCUGGACAACUCGGGCGAGUGGAGCCUCACCAGACGCCAGGUCAUUCUCCUGCAUGCCAAGCUGGAACGCUCCAUGGAGUAUCUGCCACUGAGGCUCGGGUUCCUGACGGGCCUAGCAGGCAUCGCCAGCCUCCUGUACCUGCUCACCCGCUACCUUCUCCCUUCUCCCUAGUUGGGUACAGCAAGACAGCAAGCAUUAGGCCUCCUCCUUGGAGACCUAAGUCAGGUACCAUGUCCUCACCACUACACUCACUCUGAUGCUGGGACUGGCCCUUACUCUGGAGUGUAUCCAGUCUGAACUCAGAGCAAAAGGAAGCCCACGGUCAGGUACCCCUUCCCGCCCACCCUAGAGCCCCACCACCCCCAUAGUGUCCCAUCAGAACAGUAUUCACGAUGGCAGGGACACAGUGGUCUCUGUGGCCAUCCCCCUGGCUACAACGAUGUAGCCAACAGUUUCUUGGGCUUGAACCUUCUUGGAGCAUCUGCUCCAUCAUGACCACAAAGUCCCUAGUGGACCACAGCAAAUCCUUCUAAACUGAAGGCUUUCAAACAGAACUGUCUGCUGGGUUGAAGCCCUUUGCCAGGGUGCAGUUUGACUCCUGUCUGGGGGAUGCUGUGACUAGUCCGAGGCAGAGCCCUUUGGAGAGACCCAGCUUGUGCCACCACCUCCUCCCACCACUGCCUCUGAGCCCUGUGCUCUUCUGCAUUCCCUGGGCCCCAUGCUAUCUAAUCUCUGUGCCUUCCCCCAGAUGCUCCCUGCCUGCAGUACCCUACCCCUGGUGGCCCCUGGUCAGGCACCCCAUGUUUUAUCGUAAUCCAUUGUGGAAUAAUCAACAAGAAACUGGCUUCUCCUAGACUGUAUCCUGUAGAUGGCAGGUGUGACUCGUCUCCGCUCUAGUGUACCAAGCCUGCUCUCCGUUGGUGCUCAAUAAAUGGAAUUGGUCUGAAAUGU